UCGUACUUCAACCACUUAAGUGACAAGAAUUACUUUUUUUCCAUUAACUGAAAAUUUACUAUAAACAACAAAAAACAACUACAUAAAAAUUUCUUUCACGAAAAUUCAAAAUGUUUUUUCUUUUGCUAUCAACAUUCUUAAUAUUGUUUAUAACAUUUUUAUAUAUAGUUGAUUAUAGAUCACGUAAACAUGUUGAAAAAUUUAAAAAUAUACCGGAACCACCAAGUAUUCGAAUCGUAGGUAAUAUAUAUCAUUUUCUUCAUGAUGAUGUCGCAAGUUUACAACAAAUAGUAUUAAACUUUUUUGAUGAAUAUGGUGAUACCUAUAAAAUAUGGUGCGCUUGGCAAUAUAGUGUACUGACAUGUAGUCCAAAAGUUACUGAAGAAAUUUUAUCAUCAAAUAAUAGAUAUAUGGAGAAAAAUUUUCUAUACGAUUUAUUAAAACCGUGGUUAAAUGAAGGACUUCUAUUAUCCGUUGAUCAUAAAUGGCAUAGUAGACGAAAAAUUCUAACACCGGCAUUUCAUUUUAAAAUAUUAGAAAGUUUUGUACCGGUAUUUGAAAGACAAGGUGAUAUUUUAAUUGAAAGAAUAAAAAAAUUAAAUUUAAAUGAGGACGAUAUAUUUGAUAUUCAUGAAUUAAUUGCAAUGAUAACAUUAAAUGCUAUCGCUGAAACAUCAAUGGGUAUUAAAGUAGACGACGAUAAUGUUUACACUGAAGCAGUAAAAGCAAUGUCUAAUACAAUAGCAAAUAGAUUCAUAAAACAGCAUAGAAGAAUUGAUUUUCUAUGUUUUUUUACGAGAAAUGAUUUAUUGAAGGAUUACUAUAAAUGGUUAAAGAUCUUACAUAAAUAUACAGAAAAAACUAUUGUAGAACGUAGAGCAUUGCUUGAAAAUUCUGUAAUAGAAAAUGGAUUCUCGAUUGAAAGCUCAGAUGACAACGAGAACUUGGGUCAAAAGAAACGAAUGGUAUUUUUAGAUGUCCUCUUACAAUCAACCAUUGAUGGGAAACUUCUUACAAAUGCAGAUAUUAGAGAAGAAGUUGAUACUUUCAUGUUUGAAGGGCAUGAUACAACAUCUGCUGGAUUAUGUUUUACUUUACAUGCAAUUUCAAGACAUCAAGAUAUACAGGAUAAAAUUUUUAAUGAAAUUAUUGAAGUUAUUGGAAAAGAUAAAAAGAAAUCAAUUGGUUAUCGAGAAUUACAAGAUUUAAAAUAUUUAGAACUUGUUAUUAAAGAAUCAUUAAGAAUGUAUCCCCCAGUUUCAGUUAUUGGAAGAAAAAUUACAACAGAUUCUGUAAUAGAUGGAAAAUUUUUCCCUAAGGGCACUGAAUUAAUUUUAUAUUUAGAGAAAUUAAUGAGAAAUCCAGAAAUUUUUCCAGAUCCAGAUAAAUUUAUACCGGAGAGGCAUUGUUCAAAUAAUUACACUGAAAUAAAUCCUUAUGCCUAUGUUCCAUUUAGUGCUGGUCCUAGAAAUUGUAUUGGACAAAAAUAUGCAAUGUUAGAAAUGAAAAUGAUUAUAGUAAAAGUUUUACAAAAUUUCGAACUUUUACCAAAUGGACCUGAUGUUAUACCUGUUAAUAUUAUUAUAUUAAAGUCAACUUCAGGUUUUCAUAUGGGUUUCCGGGAAAGAAAUUAUAAAUAAUUUUUGUUGAUUAAUUGAAAUAAUGUUGGAAAUUAAUUGUAAGUUAGAUUAGAAUUUUUUGUAGGAUUAAUAAAAUAAGUCGCUAUUUGUAAGCGCAAAUGAUAAAUUUAUAAAAUUUUUUAGUAAAUAAAUUUGAAAUAGCUU